AUGAAGCAUACAAACAGUGCGUCUCUCGGUAUUACGACUCAAGAGUCAGACCCCGCUCUUUCUGAAUCGGUGACUGGGUUAGGCGAAAAGUUUCUCUGGCAACUAAGAAUCCCACAGAAGGAACCCUCGGACCUUCCUGGGAAGAACCUUACGAGAUCAUCAGCAUCCUUCGAUCAAGAACCUAUCGGCUCAAAGACUCCAGCGGCAAGACCCUCGUCAUUCUUGGAACGUCGAACAUUUGAAGUAUUUUUAUAG